AUGGAUGAGAUACAUAUACCGUACAGGUUGGAGAUGCUCGUGUCUAAUCUGUACAAAGUGGAUACAAUAUCGAAGGUAAACUAUGCACAGUAUUUGCCACCGAAUAACGAUGAUCAAUGGUCAAUUCAGAUGGAACUCACAUUGCGGAGACGGGAUCGUAGCGUUCUUGUAGCGCUGCUCUCGAGGGAACUUUGGUGUUUCUCCGUGAACGACGAUCCACUGCCGAAGUUAACCGCAACGGAAAAAAUCACAGAUUUGAGUGCAGAGGCCAAUAAUGAUACGUCUCCUGUGACUGCCAACAAAUCCGGUGAAUUCACAUCCGAUUAUUCCAAACCUAAUCUGCCACCUCACUACGCACUGUUCCUAAAGGCUUUACGCAAAGUGAUUUAUAUUAACUUGGCUACCAAUUCUAAUAAUCAACUGAUCCAAUACGGUAACGCAUGUGUGUCUUUGCUGCAGGACCCCUCUGGGAGGAGCAACCCUCUAUUGCAGUUAGAACCUCAUCUGUUUGCGAACGGUGACCUGACAGUCUCAAUAAGCACCAAAGAUAUAGGACUUAUCAAACUGACAGAAGAUGACUUACGUGAAGAGUUCUUAAAGGAACAUGCACUGUAUCUGGCACCCUCAGGUAUCAGAAUGUAUCUGCCCUCUAACACGAACAAACAACAAAUACUGUGCAAGGCACCUCCUAAUGCGGCAACGUUAUUGGAAACACUGAGUGUGUCCCACGGGAUCACUCUUGUAGAUAAUGGGGACAUGAAAUGGGUUAAAGUGAUACCGCAUUUGGGACAUCUAAAUGGUUACACCCCAAGUAUCGCAUCGUACAUGAAACCACCUACUAAUCCUAGAAAAAUCGUUUGGCCCCUAGAACUAUGCUUUGCACAACCUGCCACGGUAGUAUCUAAGGGUGCCAGUGACUGCUCCAUACAUCAGGAUUUGAACGGAAUGAUGGACCUAGUGGACGAUUUUAUACAGGUGAAACAAACUUCUGCAUAUAGGACCCCAGGAAGUUCUGGUGCCCUGAAUACAAACCCAAUGAGUUCUGGUGGUGGAUACACAGAACAGUUUCAACAGUCGUACAGAAACUUGGCAAACACAACCAACAACGCAGGCUCGUUCCCUAUGUCCAACCCUCCAGCAACGAAACAUUCGCCCUUGGCGAGCUUACCCGUAUCGCACGAAAGUAAAGACAGUGCACAUAUACCGGACACGGUCAACAGUGCAAACGGACUCACGCUGGCGAACAAUCUCCUCCUCUCCCCAAACUUGACUACUGCUAUGGAAAAGGGUGGCGUCAACGGCAGACAGGACUCGUUCAACUUGGAGUUUUCACACACACCAAGCACGAACGGACACGCGAAUAACCAGCUGUUUUCCAUAGAUAAGAAGCAAACGAAUGAACCUUCCACCAUAUCACCCGUCAAGGGCGACAUUGGCUAUGGACUGAUUAUGGAUACCGUGAUACCCGGGACCAAUGGUUCUCAAGAUCAGCCGCAUUCUGAAACACAGGAAGAUGUACAAGAGGAGCCAGCUGACGACAAAGAACUGUUUGGAGAUGAUGAUGAUGACGACGACGAUGACAAUAAUACUGCAAUGACGGAUACCAUGGACGUGGAUCAACCAAAGCUAAAACGUGAACCAAACGGAGAGGCGGGGGAUGAUGACGAUCUAUUUGGUGACAUCAACGAUAAUGACAACUCUUCCCCCAGUGCGGAGAAAACUUUUCACGGUGUGAAAACAUCGGACGAGAUAACUGAAGAUAUGUUUGGCAUGUCCGACGACGAGGAAAACGGGAACAGUAAGGCGGGGACUUCCCGAAAUUCCAACGAGGCACCUCAAUCGCGAGAUCAAGCGAGUUCCGAGUAUUUUGAUUAUCAGAAACCACCGAUACGACGCUUCAUGAAACCAGGCACCAAGCGCAAGUAUACUGACAUACCCUUCGAGGAGAUCACACUAUCGAACAGUCCGUUGUACAUGGAUCCGGGGGCACCACUGCCGGUCGAUACGCCGCGUGAUAGAAGGAGAAGUGUAUUUGCGCCACUAAACUUCAACCCGAUUAUUGAAAACAAUGUUGAUAACAAGUACAAAAAUGGUGGGAAAUUCUCAAUUAGCCCAGCUCAAAAGGAGGACGCCUUCAAAUUUGAUGUCUCAACGGGGGACUUUUCAACUUCCGAUGAAGAGGACAGUGAUUCGAGUCUCGAAAGUUUUGAUUACAAUAACGCCAAGCAAGAUUUGAAGUCUUUUGAGGGUAGUGUGCACGACUCGCAGUUUUUGAACUAUCAGAAUGUGGCCACAGGGCACGAUUCCGUGGCUACAGGUCUAUUAUCGAACAAUGACAACAUCGGCACAGAACCGUAUAUGAAGGACGGGUCAGAGGGGAUAUGGAAAAUAUCGCACAACGAAAUUCCACAGACUGACUCACCACUGAAACCCGUGGAUGCCUCGCUUCAGCCUAUUUAUAACAACUUAACGGAAAACCUAUCCCCCGAAUCGAUGGCGGGAUCGAUUUUACAAAAUAAAGAGAAACCGUUGAAGAAGGAGGAGGAGAAACAGUUAGAUAUCUUGGGUGCCGAAAGGGGCACUGAUCUAACACGAUGUCAUAUUAAUGCGGAAAAUAGCGAAGAAAAGCUACCGUUUAACAGUCUUCCAUUCCUAUUGCGGCACAUACCGUUGUCCUCGAUUCCAGACGUAUUUCUGGACAACAACCCGAAGAUUCGUUUGAGUAGAAAAAAUCAAGAUAUAUUGGACCUUUUAGCAGAACAAAUUAUCUUUGACCACGGUCUAUUGGGGAGUUUUAAUAUCCCUGAAAUACGAUACGACGAUAUUCUAGUUGACAAAGAUGGGUUUAUUGCGAACACAAUGGAACAAAUAUUCCCUAACUUCCAAAAUAUUCUUGGGAGUGAUAUCAUUAGUAAGAUAUACCCAAUGAAACAACCGUUUGUGUAUGCGAAAAAACAACACGAAAUAAUAAAAAUCAAGACCGAUGCGCAACCGUUCGCCCAAUUUUUAAACAUACGUUCUGCGAUGGGUAUCAAAAAUUUCAAACUCUUGCUUUUGACCACAUCGUACAAGGAUGACUGUGCGUUGUUUAAUUCCACACUAUCACAAACAUACAUCAACCACGAAUUCGGGUUCUGUGAAUUGCUGACUUUGACGUCUGAGGUGGUUAACGGCUUGAUAUACUUGAAGGACUUUGACAAGAACAAGCUCAUGUUACUUGCAGCACAGAUAGUCUCCUAUUGUACCACGAACAAGAAGACGGAAAAGGAUGUAAUGCUGAUGAUUCUUCUUCCUCUGAAAGAUAACACGCUAAAUGAAAUCUUAACGAACAUCAACGUCUUCCAAAUCAUCCGGAAUGAGGUGCGUGCGAAGAUUCCAAACAUGGACCUAUUUCUAAAGGUCAUCCCGCUUGAUUUUAUUAAGAACCCACUGACCUCUGUGGAUGAUUACUACAGCGUGUGUGCCAGUAUCUACAACGUACUGCUACCGAAGAAAACGAAGUUCACGGCGAUCGCACACAAACUACCUGACAAAGUAGAAUUUAGGACUUUACCUCAGGGGAAUGCUCCGUCCUUCAUCAACUACGAUUCGUACAUCCAUCUCUCAUACUCCAGGAGUGUGGACAAACAGUGGAUGUUUGGUGUGUUGACCGAUAGCGAGGGGAAGAAUACCAGCGUGAGAACAUGGUACAUCGGUGGGUCGAAGAGGCUCUUCGACGAGGUGUGCAACAAACUGUGGACCUUGGCACUCUCUCUUGCUACAACAAAAUACGGCAAAAUCUGCUUGAUCUUGACCAGACUGAGCGGGAUCCUACCUGACGACGAACUGAUGAACUGGAGAAGGCUGUCUGGGAGGAAUAUCCACUUAGCUGUUGUCUGUGUGGAUGACAACACCAAGAUAUCGUUCUACGACCAAGACGCAGUGUACCCGAGCUUUAAACCCAUCUUCAAAGAUGCGAAGCUGGCAAGACCGUACGACGAGAGUGCGCUUGACGACUACGAGAUCAGGGAUGUUGACGACGACGUCCACGGGGUCAUCUUCCAAAACCCGUUCCCGCUCGCAAACUCGCAGCACAGGUGCGCUAUCAGAAGCGGCGCACUAAUCAAAUUCAAGAGGACCCACGGGGACGCGAUGUGGGACAAGUUGGAGGUCAACCUGCUUAACUGUCCGCAUUCGGACAGCACGAAUCUAUUAGAGAAGAUCUUGGAGGAGUUCCGCAACCUUGCAGCGCUGAACGUGUGGUUUGGCGUGUCCAAUGGGGAGGACUCGCACAUACCGUGGCAUGUGCUUGCCGUGAAAAAGAUGAUGAAAAGCAUGGUAUAUACCCAGGUGGAGGUUAUUUCAGAGUGA